AUGAUCUUCAACAAAUCAUUGUCGAGUUGUGAAGAAGAACAAGAAAGAAGAUUGAGAGAAUUGGCGACAAUGUACAGAGGACACUUCGAGGAAAUCACUGAAAUGACGACGAGGCUGAGGAAUGAGAAUGGAGAGCUGAAGAAACGAUUGACCGAACAUCAGGCAAAGACAACGGCACAGAGCACAUCCACUCAAUUGAACUCAAUCAAGAUGCAGUUUGAGGACAGAGAAAAAGAGUAUGGACUGACGCUGACAAAGAUUCGGAAUGAGAUGGAGUUUCUACAGAAAGAGCUCGAAAGACGAGAGAAUCAAGUGAAUCGUCUCACUCAUCGACUCGACGAAUUAACCAUUGAUAACAAAAAGAUGAACUUCGACACGAUAUCCGAUGAUGAGUUGGCUAAGUUGAAAUCAGAGAUCUCGAGAUAUCGCAAUGAACUCGACGAGUUGAGAGAUCAAAAUGAGAAUCUAAAGUUUUCUUUUAAAGAGAACACACAACGAGAAAUUCGGGAAAAACAUCGACAAGUGGAAAAAGAUUGCGAUGAAGAAAGGCAACAAAGGAUGGAUUUGACGGAGAUUUUGCUGGAAAUGAGCAAAGAUCUACAAGAGAUUAUACAAUGGAGUAAGAUUUUGGAGGCA